AUGUCUCGAGAGGAGUUGACUGAAGUUCAAUCGCAACAGACUACAUCGACAUCGACAACUAAGGAGUCGCGAGAAAAUGUACCUACCACCACAACUGCCCCCAAAAAGACCGCGUCUUCGACCCAUCCAAGUUUUCAGGGACAACAAUCACAAAACGAACCUAGUUCGACAGCUGAUUCAAGCCAAGAGAUAAAAGCGAACGUAGCUAGACGUCAGCGUGAGAAAAUUGAUAAAGACAUUUCAAUUCCUGUAAAUGCACAUCAGAGCUUGUCAGAUAAAGACAUUACUACGACUAACAGUAUUUCUGGUACCGAUGAUAUUCCAUUGGGUGGCUCAAAAAAUAAUGUUGGUGGCAGUAAUGUUAAUAAUGGUGUUACUGAAUAUGAUCAAGAAAAUGAGACCUCGGUAUUUCGGAAGCAGAGUAUCAACGGUAAUUCUCAAAGUUCUUUAAUUAACAUGACCACAACAAAAAUCAGUAAUCCCGCGUCCUCAUCCUCCGCUUCUGCCGCUGGCUCCUCCAAUACGACCACCGUCUCGAACAAUACUAACAAUUCCUGUUCUAAUGGUACCGGGCCAGCAUAUGAUGAGAUUCCCCAGAUGUAUCAAAAUUUGAGUCCUAACACUCCUUUCAUACCGGUUUCACCUCAAUAUUUUACUCCUGCGUUUUUUUCUAAUAAUGGACAAUACUACUACGAUCCUCAGUACAGAUUUGGUCGUCCUCCACAAAUACCACCGCCUGCUCAGCAUUUUGUCAGAUCGAAUAUUUAUCCUUAUCACCCAAUAUCCGUUAUACCUCCUAUUCAUCCAUCUUUUCAUAGCCCUCCUUUAAUCCCACCUCAAUCACUUUCUGCAAGAUAUCUUAACCCUCCUAGUACUGCUGGUGGUGAUUCAGGUUUCUCUUCUCGAAGAAGCUCUUUGGAUCAGGCCAGAACCCCUGAUUUAGGUCCACAACAUACUCCAAGAAUAAGUCAGCAGAAGAAACCCAAACAAUUGGAUAAGGCCCUUUGGGUCGGAAAUUUACCUGAUUCUACUACCCAUGAAGAAUUGAUGGAUUUUUUCACAGAUGAAAAUAUGGAGAGCGUGUUUCUUAUCAAAAAGUCGAAUUGUGCCUUCGUGAAUUACAAGACACAUGAUGCCGUCAUGCAGGCCGCUUGUAAAUAUAAUGAAAGCGAGUUCAAAGGCAUUAAACUUGUUUGUCGACCAAGAAAGCAAACCCCUGCGGAUCUGAAGUUAAAAUCAUCAGAAACCUCAUCAGAUUUAGCUUCAGAUAACACUCCUCCUCCUACUCCUUCUGAAGCAGGUUCUACAACUUCUUCUAGAUCACGAAGGUCAUCAUUACCUCCACGACAACGGAUCAGACAGUCUUCAGUUGCUUCGAUGUCUCCUGCUUCGUCAGUUUCAUCCGCCAAACCUUCAUCACUUAAUAGAUAUUUCAUUCUUAAAUCGUUGACCCAAGAUGAUCUUGAUAUUUCUGUUAAAAGUGGAUUUUGGGCUACUCAACCGCACAAUGAAGCAGCAUUGAAUAAAGCUUUUAAAAGUGCUGAAAAUGUGUAUCUUAUUUUCAGUGCUAAUAAAAGCGGCGAGUUUUAUGGCUACGCAAAGAUGGUGAGUCCAAUUAGCAAAGAGACAACAGAUACUGUACAAUGGACACCCAUUGAUGAAGCUGCUUUAGCGGCUUCAUCAUCACGACCUUCAUCAGUCCAGGAGGAUAUGAAACCCCGAUUAAAAAAAUCUCAAGAUGAGGAAAAUGAAGAUUGUGAUGAUGAUGUUCCAUCGCGAAAUUGGGGAACUACUUUUAAAGUUGAAUGGAUUAAAGUGCAAAAACUUCCAUUCAUGCGUACGCGCCACCUCCGUAAUCCUUGGAACGCGAAUAGAGAGGUGAAAAUUAGCCGAGAUGGUACUGAAGUUGAACCUAUUGUUGGUGAACGUUUAAUUACAGAAUUCCACAAGACACCUCCUUCAACAGUUCCAGCACAAUAUAUGCCUAUCACUGGUCCUUUAUUAACUCAACCGUUGAACAUCGAUAAUCAAAGUACUGAUAAUGACGCAAAAGACCGGAGAGCAUCGUUGUCCUCCCAAAGUGGAGCGUCAUCAUCAGUUCAAACUACCUUGCAACCAGUGAUUGAUCCAAACUUUAUUUCAAAUGCUCAACCAACAUUCUUCCCACCACCCAGUUACUGGCAUCCCCAACAUAUGAUAAUGCCUCCUUUUGGUGCUGGAACUUCAGCACCAGGAUACAUUCCUACUCAACAGACAUGGACAACAUCCGUUCCUAAAGAUUCAUCUGGAGUCAGUCGUGUACAGCCGCCACAGUCAACCGGCGUGCCGUCAGUGAUGCCUUUGGAGCAACAAUAUGUGGAGACUCCCGUUCCUCAGCAUCAUUAUCCUUCGGCUCCUGCUCAUCAAUUCUAUCCUAAUAAUUCUGGCAGUGCAGUAAUUGCACAAUAUCAACAAGCACAACAUUAUUAUCGCAAUUCUGAAGAACAAUAUCAAGCGACUUCUCAGCCACAACAAGAGCAAAAUUCGGAAAAUGUGCCCUACCUGGUCGAUGAACAAAGAAAAGGCAUUGAGGCCACCAGUAGUGCAUAG